AUGGUUCUCGGUGAUCUUGGUCAACGUCUAUCAUCAGCAUUGCGACAGUUAAGCAAGGAAACAGUUAUCAAUGAAAAAGUUUUUGAUGACACUUUAGGAAAAAUUUGUCGAGCUUUAUUAGAAGCUGAUGUCAAUAUUCGUUUAGUUAAAAGAUUACGUGAAAACGUCAAGCAAGCAAUAAAUUUAGAAGAAAUAGCUGUUGGUUUAAAUAAACGUCAAUUAAUUCUACAAGUUGUUAUUAAAGAACUCAUUCGAUUAAUUGAUUUUGAAGUUAAACCAUGGGAACCAGUUAAAAACAAAUGUAAUAUUGUUAUGUUUGUUGGUUUACAAGGUAGUGGAAAGACAACAACAUGUACAAAAUAUGCUUAUUAUUAUAUGAAACAUGGUUGGAAAACAGCUUUAGUAUGUGCUGAUACAUUUCGUGCUGGUGCUUUUGAUCAAUUACAACAGAAUGCAUCAAAAGUACGAAUACCAUUUUAUGGCAGUUAUACAGAAAGUGAUCCAGUAGUUGUUGCUAUGAAUGGUGUUGAAAUAUUUCGUAAGGAUAAGUUCGAAUUAAUCAUUGUUGAUACAAGUGGUCGACAUGCACAAGAAGAAUCAUUAUUCGAAGAAAUGCUGGAAAUUUCAAAUAGUAUUAAACCCGAUAAUAUUAUUUUCGUAAUAGAUGCUAGUAUUGGUCAAGCUUGCGAAUUACAUGCACAAGCAUUCAAAUCAAAAGUUGAUAUCGGUUCAAUUAUUGUUACCAAACUUGAUGGUCAUGCUAAAGGUGGUGGAGCUCUUAGUGCGAUUGCUACAACGAAAAGUCCAAUUAUAUUUAUCGGUACAGGUGAAUAUUUUGAUGACUUUGAAGUAUUUAAAACGAAACCAUUCAUUGAUAAAUUACUGGGUAUUGGUGAUAUACAAGGUUUAUAUGAUAAAAUUAUUAGUUUGAAUUCCGAACACGAUAAAUCAUUUAUUAUUAAUGCAAAAGACGGUCAAUUUACAUUGCGUAAUAUGUAUGAACAAUUUCAAAAUUUUAUGAAAAUGGGUUCAUUUGGACAAGUUAUAAGUAUGAUUCCUGGGUUUGGCACAGAAUUUAUGUCAAAGAAUGAUGAACAGAAAUCACAAGCACGUUUGAAAAAAAUGAUGUGUAUUAUGGACAGUAUGAAUGACAUUGAACUUGAUCAUAUUGAUGGAGCAAAGCUUUUUAAAAGUCAACCUGGCCGUUAUACUCGAGUAGCAAAUGGUGCUGGUGUAUCAUUAUGUGAUGUAAAAGAUUUAAUAGUACAAUAUUCGCAAUUUUACAAAAUGAUGGAACGAAUGAAAGGUUUAUCUAAGUUCGGUAAUAUGCAGAGAAAUAUUAAUUCAAUAAACAUGCAAAGAAUAACCAGUCAAAUGAGUGAAUUAAUUGAUCCAGGAGUAUUGAGUCAUAUGGGUGGUACAUCGGGUUUAUCAUCAAUGAUACGACAACUUCAACAAAGUAGUAGGACAGAUAGAUCAUGA